GGGAAUCCUGAGGCGAGCUCAGCCCAGCCCCUGCCCGACUCGCCGCCUAGUCUCCUUGGCUGCCAGGAGAAGCGGGGCACCUCCUCUCCUUCCUCCCUCAGAGGAGCCCCUCACUCGCCAGGAGACCCCAGAAGAAGGCCAGCCAAGGCGUCCCUUUCCCUCCCGAAGAGGAGCCCCUCACUCGGCACAGAAGACGGGACUUGGAGGCUGGCCUUUCCCUUCCGUCUCAGAGGAGCCUUCCCCUGCUAAGAGGGGCAUGGCUGAGUAAAGCUGAGGAGGGCUCUCCUCUCCCUUCCCUCCUCAGAGGAGCCCCUCGCUCUGUCGGAGAAACGGGGCACUGAGCAGAGGCAGAAGCAGACCGGAGGGCCAAAGGGAGAGAGGAGGGCGAGCCAGAGCCUGCCUGGCUGAAGAAGGGGGGCUCCGGGGCUGGUGGGGCUCGCCUUUCCUUCCUCCAGAGAAGCCCCUCACUCUCCAGGCGACGUUGGACUCAGCCGAGGCAGAACUAGAGCUGCUGCUCCUUGCCCUCGGGGCUCCAUCUCUAACCCUCCCGUCUCCCUCUCUGUCUCCUUGCCUCCCUCCCUGGCUCUCUGGGGCAGGAAGGGGGUGGUCGCCAUGGAGCCCCUUCGCCCCCUGCUUCUUCCCCGGCUGAAGGGCCGCUCUCCCUCGCUCUCCCUCCGGCUCUAAGCCCAUGCCAUGCUGCUCCCGCUCCUGCUGGCCGCCUUGGCGCCCUCUUUCCCGGGCGCCGCCUGGUCGCAGCUGGAGGAGAAGCAGCAGCAGGAGGAGGGGAAGCAGGGCCAGGCCCCUUUCUCCCCGACCCUCCCUCUGCCCCUGCAGCCCCUCCACAACGCCUCCUUCCCGGCCACGGACUUCUUCGCAGAGAAGGCGGCGGCGGCGGCGGCGGAGGGGACGAAGAGCCCUGGAGCCCCGACGAUGACUGCAACCAGGGCUGCCCCUUCUUCCCCCUCCUCGCCUCCUCCUCCUCCUCGGCCCCCUUCUCCUCGGGAGGAGCCCCAGCCUUGCAACAUCAGCGUCCAGCGGCAGAUGCUGAGCUCCCUGCUGGUCCGAUGGGGCCCCUGGGGCUUCCAGGCUCAGUGCGACCUGGUCCUCUUCUCCACCGGAGCCGGAGGAGGGGGAGGCGGCGGCAGUGGGGGCAGCGGCGGGGCCCGGCCCUCCUUCUCGGCCGCCUUCCCCCGCGUGGGACCCCCGCCUCUGGUGAUCGAGCCCCUGGGGCUGGCGGCGGGGGGCUUCCAGCAGGACCUGCGCCUCUGCCUGGGCUGCACCUGGGCCCGGGGACGGCGCCUGGGGAGACUCCGGCCCCCCUCCCCGGCCCUCUUCCCUCCCUCCCCGGAGGCCCCUGCCCCGCAGCCUCCCUGGCAGCAGCAAGGCGAGCGCCUCCACUUCUGCUGCCUGGAUUUCAGCCUGGAGGAGCUCAAGGGGGACCCCGGCUGGAGGAUGAACCGAAAGCCCGUCGAGUCCACGCUGGUGGCCUGCUUCAUGACGCUGGUCAUCAUCGUCUGGAGCGUGGCUGCCCUCAUCUGGCCCGUCCCCAUCAUCGCCGGAUUCCUCCCCAACGGCAUGGAGCCCGGCCGCGGCGGAAGGGCGGCCAGCAACGCCAACGCCAGUGCCAAUGCCGGGGCUGCAGCCGCCUCCUCCGCUGGGAACCCGCCGCCCGGGGCAGCAGGGGCGGCCAAGUGAGCCCUGGACGGACACCUCUGGCACAGGCCCCCUCCUCGGAUCUCAUCCCCUUCCCAUCCUUCUUGUGGGGCCCUGGACAGAAGGGGAGGGGUGUACUAAAACUAAAGGACAGUACUGACCCCACAAGGAAACAUUGGAGGAUAUUGGCCCCACAAGGAAAAAGGGGAUAUUGGCCCCAUAGGGAAACAUUGGAGGAUAUAGGCCCCACAAGGAAACAUUGGGGGAUAUUGGCCCCAUAGGGAAUCAUUGGGGGAUAUUGGCCCCAUAGGGAAUCAUUGGGGAAUAUAGGCCCCCUAGGAAAACAUUGGGGAAUAUAGGCCCCAUAGGGAAUCAUUGGGGAAUAUAGGCCCCAUAGGGAAAUAUUGGGGAAUAUAGGCCCCAUAGGGAAACAUUGGGGAAUAUAGGCCCCAUAGGGAAUCAUUGGGGGAUAUUGGCCCCCUAGGGAAUCAUUGGGGGAUAUUGGCCCCAUAGGGAAACAUUGGGGAAUAUAGGCCCCAUAGGGAAACACUGGAGGAUAUUGGCCCCAUAGGAAAAUAAUGGGGGUAUAGGCCUCAUAGGGAAACAUUGGGGGAUAUUGGCCCCAUAGGGAAACAUUGGGGGUAUAGGCCCCAUAGGGAAA